AUGGCGGGGGCGCCGCGCGGCCGAGGCGGCGGCGGAGGCGGCGCGGGCGAGCCCGGGGGUGCCGAGCGGGCGGCCGGGCCGGGCGGCCGGCGCGGGUUCGGGGCGUGCGGCGAGGAGUUCGCGUGCCCCGAGCUGGAGGCGCUGUUCCGCGGCUACACGCUGCGGCUGGAGCAGGCGGCCACGCUGAAGGCGCUGGCGGUGCUCAGCCUGCUGGCCGGCGCGCUGGCGCUCACCGAGCUGCUGGGCGCGCCGGGGCCCGCGCCCGGCCUGGGCAAGGGCUCGCACCCGGUGCACUGCGUCCUGUUCCUGGCCCUGCUCGUGGUCACCAACGUGCGCUCCCUGCGGGCGUCCCAGCUGCAGCAGGUCGGCCAGCUGGCGCUGCUCUUCAGCCUCACCUUCGCGCUGCUCUGCUGCCCCUUCGCGCUGGGCGGCCCCGCCGGGGGCUCCGCCGGGGCGGCGGCGGGCUCGGCCGCCGCGGAGCAGGGUGUCUGGCAGCUGCUCCUGGUCACCUUCGUGUCCUAUGCCUUGCUGCCCGUGCGCAGCCUGCUGGCCGUCGGCUUCGGGUUCGUGGUGGCCGCCUCGCACUUGCUGGUCACCGCCACCCUGGUCCCCGCCAAGCGCCCGCGUCUCUGGAGGACGCUCGGUGCCAAUGCCUUGCUCUUCGUUGGUGUGAACAUGUACGGUGUCUUCGUGCGGAUCCUGACCGAGCGCUCACAGAGGAAGGCCUUUUUGCAGGCUAGGAAUUGCAUCGAGGACCGGCUACGUUUGGAGGAUGAAAACGAGAAGCAGGAACGGCUGCUUAUGAGCCUUCUGCCCAGGAAUGUUGCCAUGGAGAUGAAGGAAGACUUCCUCAAACCUCCGGAGAGGAUUUUCCACAAGAUUUACAUCCAGAGGCAUGACAAUGUCAGCAUCCUGUUUGCAGACAUCGUAGGUUUCACGGGCUUGGCCUCCCAGUGCACGGCUCAGGAACUGGUGAAACUGCUCAAUGAGCUCUUCGGCAAGUUUGAUGAAUUAGCCACGGAGAACCACUGUCGUCGCAUCAAGAUCCUUGGGGACUGCUACUACUGUGUGUCGGGCCUCACCCAGCCAAAGGCCGACCACGCCCACUGCUGUGUGGAGAUGGGCCUGGACAUGAUCGACACCAUCACGUCAGUGGCGGAGGCCACCGAGGUGGAUCUGAACAUGCGAGUAGGGCUGCACACCGGCAGGGUUCUCUGUGGCGUCCUGGGCCUGCGCAAGUGGCAGUAUGAUGUGUGGUCCAAUGACGUGACACUGGCCAACGUCAUGGAAGCUGCUGGCCUGCCAGGGAAGGUCCAUAUCACAAAGACAACCCUCGCGUGCUUGAAUGGGGACUAUGAGGUAGAGCCGGGCCACGGGCAUGAGAGGAACAGCUUCCUGAAAACUCACAACAUCGAGACCUUCUUCAUUGUACCAUCCCAUCGGAGGAAGAUAUUUCCAGGCCUGAUUCUGUCAGAUAUAAAACCUGCCAAGAGGAUGAAGUUCAAGACUGUCUGCUACCUGCUGGUGCAGCUCAUGCACUGCCGGAAGAUGUUCAAGGCUGAGAUCCCCUUCUCCAACGUCAUGACCUGUGAGGACGAUGACAAGCGGAGAGCAUUGAGAACAGCCUCAGAGAAACUCAGAAACCGCUCCUCUUUCUCUACAAAUGUGGUGUACAGCACUCCGGGCACACGUGUCAACAGGUAUAUCAGCCGCCUCUUGGAGGCCCGGCAGACGGAGCUGGAGAUGGCAGAUCUGAAUUUUUUUACCCUGAAGUACAAACAUGUUGAACGGGAACAAAAGUACCACCAGCUUCAGGACGAGUAUUUUACCAGCGCUGUGGUCCUCGCCCUCAUCCUGGCUGCCUUAUUUGGCCUUGUCUACCUUCUGAUAAUCCCACAGAGUGUGGCCGUCCUGCUCCUGCUGGUGUUCUCCAUCUGCUUCCUGGUGGCCUGUGUCCUAUAUCUGCACAUCGCCCGGGUGCAGUGUUUCCCAGGGUGCCUGACGAUCCGGAUCCGCACUGUCCUGUGUGUGUUCAUAGUGGUCUUAAUCUACUCGGUGGCCCAGGGAUGUGUGGUGGGCUGCCUGCCCUGGGCCUGGAGCUCCCAGUCCAACAGCUCCUUGGUGGUCCUGGCAGCAGGCGGCCGGCGCACCGUCCUGCCUGCUCUGCCCUGCGAGUCUGCGCAUCAUGCCUUGCUCUGCUGCCUGGUGGGCACCCUCCCGCUUGCCAUAUUCCUGCGGGUGUCCUCCUUGCCAAAGAUGAUCCUUCUGUCGGGGCUUACCACGUCCUACAUCCUUGUUCUGGAGCUCAGUGGGUACACCAGGGCUGGGGGUGGUGCUCUUGCUGGACGCAACUAUGAGCCGAUCCUGGCCAUUCUGCUGUUCUCAUGCACACUGGCCCUGCAUGCCAGGCAGGUGGAUGUCAGGCUGCGACUGGACCACCUCUGGGCAGCACAGGCAGAAGAGGAGCGAGACGACAUGGAAAGGGUGAAGCUGGACAACAAGAGGAUCCUCUUCAACCUGCUGCCAGGCCACGUGGCACAGCAUUUCCUCAUGUCCAAUCCCCGGAACAUGGACCUCUACUAUCAGUCCUACUCGCAGGUGGGCGUCAUGUUUGCCUCAAUCCCCAACUUCAAUGACUUCUACAUCGAGCUGGAUGGCAACAACAUGGGGGUGGAGUGUCUGCGGCUCCUCAAUGAGAUCAUUGCAGACUUCGACGAGCUCAUGGACAAAGACUUUUACAAGGACCUAGAGAAGAUAAAGACCAUCGGGAGCACUUAUAUGGCUGCGGUGGGGUUAGCGCCCACAGCGGGGACCAGGGCAAAGAAGUCUGUCUCCUCCCACCUCAGCACACUGGCUGACUUCGCCAUCGAUAUGUUUGAUGUCCUAGAUGAAAUCAACUACCAGUCUUACAACGACUUUGUCCUCCGAGUUGGCAUCAAUGUUGGCCCAGUGGUGGCUGGAGUGAUUGGCGCCCGCAGACCCCAGUAUGAUAUUUGGGGAAACACAGUGAAUGUGGCCAGUCGGAUGGACAGCACUGGAGUCCAGGGCAGAAUCCAGGUAACUGAGGAGGUCCACCGGCUGCUGAGGAGGUGUUCCUACCACUUUGUGUGCCGAGGCAAAGUCAGCGUCAAGGGCAAGGGGGAGAUGCUGACAUAUUUUCUAGAAGGCAGAACUGAUGGAAAUGGCUCCCAUCCCCGGUCCCUUCGCCAGGAGCGCAAGAUGUGUCCAUAUGGGAGAGCUGGAGGCCAGGCCAGACGGCCCCCACUGUGUCCUGCGGCUUGUCCCCCGAUCCAAGCUGGCCUUCCCCCGGCCUCUAGUGGUCAGUACCUGUCUUCUGCAGCAGCAGGAAAGGAGGCUUAG